AUGGUGGUCUUGCCAUGGACCUGGGGGGCCGCUUCACGAGCGAACAUGCCGAAAUCUGGAACUGCCAGCAGCCGCAAUCUUGGCUACGUGAAGGCGGUGAAUCUCCCGCGACUCUCCAAGGAUCCCGAUACGCUGCUCAGAAAAGUCGUACUUUACCGAGGAGACAUCACCGAGCUGGAUGUGGACGUUAUUGUGAACGCGGCAAAUCCUUCUCUUCUUGGAGGUGGAGGCGUCGAUGGAGCAAUUCAUCGGAAGGCGGGACCUCAGUUACGAGUUUUCAACCAGACUCUGGGCGGCUGCAAAACAGGCGAAGUAAAGGCAUCGCCAGCUUUCCAGCUCGUCUGCAAACAAAUUUUCCAUACAGUUGGGCCGCGAGGUGAACAGUCACAGGCUCUCCGCGCCUGUUAUUUGAAUGCUUUAGAGCUGUUGAAGCGAUCCAAAUACCGCACCAUUGCGUUUCCAUGUAUCUCCACGGGAAUUUACGGCUACCCUCAACUGAACGCAGCUCAGGUCGUGACGAAAUGCGUGACCAAGUGGCUGAAAAUCCCUGCGAACUACGAAGCCGUAGACUUUAUUGUCUUUUGCGUUUUUGAGCGACAAGAUUUUCUCUUUUACGAACAGCUCCUCUCGAAAAUCAAAUGUCGGGCGCCUGUGUCCAUCGCGAGUGUGUUUGCCCCGCGCACUGUGGAAGUUGAGGGUCAACUUGCAGCGUCUGCCCUGGAAGAAAAUGACGUCGAGGUUUCUGUCUCCGCUGGCAUUUCGAGACAGUUCCUCGAACGCGGAAAGGCGUCUCCCUGUGAAGCAGGAAAGGACGACGCGGGGGCCGGGGACCUGCCGCCCUGGGGCGGGUCGUGGGUGCUCUGCGGCGGCGCCGAGGACGCGACUCGUGAGGAAGAAGACGGAACUGGAGAAGAAGACGAUCGCACAAGAGUGUUUCCCUACAAGGGCACAAAGGACGGCAUGGAGCUGCAGUCUCUGAAGGGUCUCUCUGAGACUGGAGAUACUCCAGAAGACUCUGCCGCCAGUCCCGAACCAAGCUGUGGUGGUUUCGGUGAACAUGUCGGCGAGAGAGGCGGCAGGCGAAGCGAGGAAGAGGACAUGCAAGAAGGAGACACGGGAGCUACACAGGGUAGCCGACCGAUGCGGCAGGUGAGGGUGAAGGCUUGCGAGGCCGGGAAAAGGCACAAGAGACGCGCGUCUGUCGACGAGGAUGAUGAGGUUUCGUCUGCAGACCUAUCAGACGAGUGCCCCGCCGCUCGGCUGGUGGAGAAGCAAGAACACAGGGGCGAGAGGCGAAGGAGGAAUGACCGGAAGGCGAAACGAGGGAAGCCAGAGCGACCCAAGAAAAAGGAGGCAACCAACCGAAGGAUCAACACAUGCUUCGACCGACAUCAGCAGGAACGCAUCGACGCCGAACAGCGCCUGAGACUCGAGUCCGGCGAAACUGCAUCAUCGACGCAUCCCGCCGUAGCGUCGAAAGCCUCGGGGGGAGGUGACCAUGCCCUGCCGCGGCCUCUGCCUGCCGGUGGCUACUUCCCCCUCUCGGUGAAUUCAGGUGAGGAUCCGAGGCGGGAGCCAGACGAGCAGGGUGCUGACGCUGAGAAAGGGGAAACUCCAGAACUCCCAGUGCAUCUUGGUGUCGACGACCAGAAAUCGGCGGCACAUUCCGAAGCCGUCGCGGAAGGACUCCCGCGGGAGCCUUGCAGCGCUCUCGAGGGCACUGGCCCGAGUUGCGUUUUAAGUAUCGGGGAGGAAAAUCAACUGCAGCUCGAAACGGACGGUUCGGACUCCAGCACUUGCUCUGCAUUCCCUUCUAACGCUUCAGCUGCCCCUCCGCCGUCGCCAGAUCCCGCCUUGCAAUCACUGGCGAGAUCAUCCGCUCAGAAAAAGGCAGCGUGCACUUGUCCGACAAGCGAAAACACCCAGGGUGAAACCUCGCCAGCGAAACAACACAAGAAGAGACAGUCCGCUGAGGGAAAAAAGAAAGGGAACGCCUUGCCGGAAGGGAAGCGAAAACGCAAGCAGACAUUCGCCGGGUGCGGCAGCCAGAGCUCUCAGGAGUCGCCCCCCGCUUCCGUUACUAAAAACGAGCAAGCGGCAUUCGUGACAGACAAGCCGAGCGACUCGCCGCGAAACCGUGGUGGAGUAUCUGAGAUCCGAGAGGAAUCGCAAUGGAGCCUGACUCUGAUAGAACUGCCGCCGGUGAAUCCUCUUGCAGAAGGUCCACAGGUGGCGGCAAUCGCGCCAGAUGUUCCAUCGUGCGACACAGAAAUCUCCGGUAUACGUACACCUCAGAAAAUUCAGUCUGCAGAGCCGGAUGAGCGGAGCAGCAAGCGUCCAAUUAGCUCAGUCACGCCGCGAUCGAGCGACAGUAGUGGAGGUGCGAGGCCAGCGCGCAAACAGCGGCAGAAAAAGCAUCAGCCGAGACACAGAAAAACUGCUGCGCAGCUCUGAAGACUCGCGUGAGCAGCUGUAGCACAGAUCCGUCGAGACAGACUGGAAGAAAGGAAAAUGACACCCGAUGCAUACACGCUAUGGCGGUGCAGCACGGAACCUAGACUCGGGGAAGCAGAAAGCAGUUUUGCGGGCAGGCGUUUCGGGGAAAAAGACCGGAGAAAACUCCGCGUUCCGCACGACAUGGCGACACGAUUAUGUCUGUUCUUGUUAAGCUCGCGUCUUUGUGUGGUGCACGGUGCUUGUUUUGUGUGUGGAACGGUUUCCGCUCGCGUCUCGCUUGCGUGAGUGCCGAGAAAUGGCUGUGUCAGCGUGCACCUCAGGAUGUAAAGUGACAGGUGCGAUGCCGAGCAUUGGCAAGCAACGACAGAGUCGUCCGAGGCGGUCAGUGCGCAGAAAGUAUGUCGUGUUUCUGUCCUUGUCUUUGGGUGGCGAUACGGAUCACUCCAGUGUUCUAGGCAUUUCAUGUUUUUAUCGGAAUGGAACAGUUGACAGCAGUAAUGCGUGUGUGUUCGUGCUACGAUUGCGGAUUCCCCCUUUCCGAAUGUCUUGCGAGACAUUCUCGAAGAUCAACAAAUGUACAGCUCU